UAUUCAUUCAUCAGUAUUGUGAAUUUUGUUUCAAUUAAUAACUUCAAGCUCAAUGGGAAUUUUUUAGCUCAUUCAUUCACCGCCAACGACUGCGUAGUGAGCUACUUGUAGUAAUGAUUUUGUAGUUCAGUCCUUGUUCUGUCCAUUACUCCAUUUCAUUCUGUACUGGUCUACGUUCGGUUGCAUAUGUUCCAUUCAUGAAUACCCAGCGUAGCUGUUCUCGUUCAUAUUUUAUCUCACGUGUAGUUUUAUACCGUGGCGUUCAGUGUGCUUUAUUCUUUCUCACAUUCCACAUUCUCCUCACUCACCUGCCGUAGAACGUUGAAUACAAUGAAUGCUGGGAAGAAGAGAAGAUGCCUCGGGUUUGGAAGUUGACUCCAAGAACAACGCUAAGAGCGUAGGCAGUCAUUUCAACGAAUCCUAACCGCAGUUCUGAGGCCACAGUACAACUUUAUGUCAAAUGCCCGUUCUGUUUUUCAGAGCAUGAAUGUAUGUAGUAGGAACAUGGCUGACGAAGCAUAUAAAGUACGUGUUUUGGAACGAUUGAAAAUAAAAAUAGGAGAAGCUAAGAAUUUGCAAGCUAGAACUCACGGUUCUUCUUCCCAGAGAGAUGUAUAUUGCACUUUAUCUUUGGAUCAGGAAGAAAUAUUUCGUACCUCUACUAUCGAAAAAUCACUCAGUCCCUUCUUCGGAGAGGAAUUCCAAUUUGAAGUGCCAAGGAACUUCCGCUUUGUGUCGAUAUAUGUAUUCGAUAGGGAUAGACAUUUGAAACAAGAUAAAGUCUUAGGAAAGGUUGCAAUAAAACGAGAAGAUUUGGCUUCCUACAACAAUAAAGACCACUGGUUUCCCAUCAAAGCUGUUGACGCAGAUUCUGAAGUUCAGGGAAAAGCGAACAUCGAAAUAAAUUUUGAACCUGCCCCACCAAACAAAAGUACAAAUAGUUUUAGUAACAAUAGGCGGCUGUUAGUGUGUGUUAAAGAAUGUUUAGACCUUACCUUGAAGUGUGGAUCUUGUGACCCAUAUGCGAUUGUGACAGUUUUAUAUACAAAUGGAAAAAAAAUUAAUAAACGGACCAAAGCGCAAAAGAAAACAACUUGUCCACAGUUCGAAGAGGUAUUUACGUUCGAUAGUGUGGAAGAAAGGGAUAGAGACAGAGACUCUUAUUCGGUGUGCCCUGAAGCCGAUGUGGAAAUUUGUGAGCUUCAAGUUGCUAUUUGGCACGAUGCACCUGGAAUGGGUGGAGAUGUGUUUCUCGGAGAAGUUAGAGUGCAACUCAGAGGAAUGCAACAACAGAAUGCUGCCCAUAGAAAUGCAUGGUACUUCCUUCAGCCGAGAUCCACGAGGAAUCGACCAUUCUUCAACCACUCCACACCCCCUGGAACGAGACUAUCCGGUGAUAAUUUUUUAGGCUCGCUCCGGCUCCAGGUCCAAUAUACCGAAGAUAGGGUUUUUCCUUCGCACGUCUACGAACCUCUCAGGAGGUUACUCUUACAAAGCGUCAAUACGACGCCCAUAACUUCAAGCGCAGUGUACAUAUUAGGAGAGGUGAUAUCCAGUAAGAUGGAUAUUGCACAACCGUUAGUGAAAAUCUUCAUGCACCAUAAUGAGAUAGUGUCAAUUAUAAGGUUGUUGGCCAAUCAUGAAGUGUCAGGUUUAACUGACGCUACAACGAUAUUCCGAGGCAACACUCUCGUCUCCAAGAUGAUGGACGAGGCGAUGAGACUCAUAGGCAUCCAGUACCUCCACAAGACCCUCCGGCCCACGUUGGAACUCAUCUUCAACGAGAAGAAGCCCUGCGAGAUCGACCCGACUAGGGUGAAGGACUCCAACACCAUUCAGACCAACCUGGCCAAUCUGAAGUGUUACAUCCAGAAGAUCUUGGACGCCAUCACCCAAAGUGCCGUCUACUGUCCGGCCCUGAUGUGUCAGAUCUUUUACAACCUGAGGGAGUGCGCUCUUUUGCAUUUCCCGGCCAACAGAGAGGUGAAGUACUCGGUGAUAUCGGGAUUUAUAUUCUUGAGGUUCUUCGCGCCCGCCAUAUUGGGUCCUAGGCUGUUCGACUUGACCACUCAACAAAUAGAUAAUCAGACGAAUAGGACUCUGACCCUCAUUUCAAAAACCAUCCAAUCAUUAGGUAAUUAUGUCAGUAGUAGAUCGACCCAGCAAGUGUGUAAAGAAGAAUACAUGGAGCAACUGUACAAAAUUGUAUACACAGAAAAACAUAUUAUGGCCGUGAGACAGUUCUUGGAAAUUAUCUCUGCAAUCGCCAAUCCAGAAACUAUCCAAAAUGAUACAGCAGUACUUCUGAAAGAAGGAUUGAUGAUAAAGCGCGCCCAAGGUAGAAAAAGAUUUGGAAGAAAAAAUUUCAAACAAAGAUACUUUAAAUUGACGACUCAUGAUCUCAGCUAUUCCAAAAAUAGACAUAAGGACGCGUUAUGCCAAAUACCGCUUUCGAAUAUUUUAGCUGUCGAGAGGCUAAACGAAAGAUCCUUCAAAAUGAAGAACAUGUUUCAGAUAAUUCAGAGGGAGAGGGCUCUGUAUGUGCAAGCUCCGAAUUGUGUAGAAGAGAAAGAAUGGGUGGAUCUUUUAACAAAAAUCUGUCAGACCAAUUCUAAUAGGCUGAAAGAGUAUCAUCCGUGUGCAUUUCUCAAUGGACAGUGGCAAUGUUGUAAUUCCCAAAAUGAACUAGCACCAGGUUGUAAUGCCGUUUCCACUUUAGAUAAUAACUUCCACAUGUCUUUAGACCCAGAACGUGAUUUACAGAGGAUACAUUCGUUGAUAAUGGGCCACCUAGAUUUCAUAGAAUCGUUUAUAAAUUGGUGCGAAGGAGACAGAGUCUACUCUGGUCCUCUUCCAAAAAGUAUUUCUGGGGUGGAUCUUCAAAGCUGUUAUAAUAUUCUGUUAGAAAUAAGGGAGAUAGCUUAUCAGAUCGAAAGACAACACAGGAUAUAUAACAGGACUUUGGCUAGGGACACCAGAUAUGGAAGCAAAGCUGCCCCUAUUGGUGACGACAAUUAUCUCUUGGCUUCAAGAAUGAAUUUGGAUAUUAGAAAAUGCGGCCCAUCAGAUCAGGACGACUCCAUGUUCCUCAGACCUUAACCCAGUGAUACUAUUUAAUUAUAGUAUGGUACACAUACUGAAGAAAAGAAAUCGAAAUAAUCUCAACAAGGGUAGCACAGAAGUAGGUGUUUGACCUAAUAGCUAGAUUUAUCGUAUGAAUCGUUGGACCUUACUAAAAGUAAAAUCAAAAUUUUUGGAAUACGUCCUAAAAUUUUACAAUUUUAUUUUAAAUUGACUAUAGUUUAAGCAUUAUCAAUUAUGCUUAUUUGAUUCUUUGAUUAAUUGAUCUGAUUUGCUGCAAUCAUUGUUCAUGUUCAUCAUUUCCAUGAUGAACAUGAAAAUUGACAAAAUCAUUUGAAUUCUGGCUAUUAGUACUGAUGUUAUCGCCAAAACAAUCAGAAACUAAUGCUUCGAUGUGCUCUCAAUCUCAAUCCAAAGACUGGAAUGUAAUUUUAAUAAGCAAUCAGAAACACCAAGUGUUUCUUACCGAUUCUUGGAGAUGGAUCGAAUAUUAUAUUUUAAUAAUGUAGACUUAUGUACAGAUUUUUUUAUUGAAAUUCUUUAUAAUUUUUAACAAAUCUGACAAUCCCUUAGUUUUGUAUUAUAGAUAUUUAAUUUUUGUAAAAUAAAAGUACAAAGGGAUCUAAA